AUUUAAUUCUAUAACUAUAAGUAUAAAUAUAAUUAGUUUACUGAAGUGAUGUCGUGCGACAUUUCUCCGAAUAUUCUAGAAUUUACCGACUGAAAAAUUCCACUCACUAUAUCAUUAGCGAACAUUACCUAAAAAGCUCACUAACAAGAAUUAACAAUUCUCCAUAAACUCUCAGUAACUUGUCGGUAAAAUUAUCAGAAACUAAUUAUAUAAUUAUAUUCUAGUGAAGAAUUACCAGUAUAAAUAAAUCCACCACUAUUUAUAAUCAUGUCUACCACUGCUGACGAAUUUAAAGCUCAAGGAAAUAAACAUUUCUCCGCUAAAGAAUUUCCUCAAGCCAUUGAAUUUUUCACCAAGGCCAUUGAAGCUUCAGAAGUUCCAAAUCAUGUAUUAUAUUCCAAUCGUUCAGGAUCUUAUGCGUCAUUAAAGAACUUUAAGAAUGCAUUAGAAGAUGCUGAAGAAUGUGUAAAAAUCAAUGGAUCAUGGGCUAAAGGUUAUAAUCGUGUUGGAGCUGCUCAAUUUGGAUUAGGUAAUCUUGAAGAUGCUAAGAAAGCAUAUGAAAAGGCCCUUGAAUUAGAUGCAAAUAAUGCUAUGGCAAAGGAAGGAAUUAAGAGUGUUGAAAAUGCCAUUCAAUCAAGAAAUGCUAAACCAGAUUUAGGUUUAGGUAGUAUGUUUUCUGAUCCAAAUCUUAUUACUAAUUUAAGAAAUAAUCCAAAGACUAGUGAAUUUAUGAAAGAUCCUGCUUUAGUACAAAAACUUGUGAAUUUCCAAACUAAUCCUCAAGGAGCUAAUCCAACUGAAUUCUUGUCUGAUCCAAGAUUAAUGCAAAUUAUGGGAGUAUUAAUGGGUAUUGAUUUAAAUAUGCCUGAUCCAGAUAUUCCAGCACCUGCUGGAGCCAAAAUUCCAAAACCAGAAGAAACAGCUAAAGCACCAGAAUCAAAAUCAGAAUCAGAACCAACACCAAAAGAAACUACUAAAGCACCAGAACCAACUGUAGAUCCAGAAGCUGAUCCAGAAGAUGUUGUUAUGGAAGAACCAGAAGCAGAAGAAUCAGUUGACAAUAAGGCUAAGGCAGAUGAAGCUAAGGCUCAAGGUAAUACUUUAUAUAAACAAAGAAAAUUCGACGAAGCCAUUAAAGCUUAUGAUGAAGCCUGGAAUUUACAUAAGGAUAUAACUUAUUUAAAUAAUCGUGCAGCUGCUGAAUUUGAAAAGGGAGAUUAUGAUGCGGCAAUUAAAACUUGUGAACAAGCCAUUGAUCAAGGUAGAGAAUUAAGAGCUGAUUAUAAGAUUGUUGCUAAAUCGUUUGCUAGAUUAGGUAAUACUUAUUUAAAGAAGGGAGAUUUACAAAGUGCCGUUAAGAAUUUUGAUAAAUCAUUAACUGAACAUAGAACUCCAGAUGUAUUAAAUAAAUUAAGAUCAACUCAAAGAGAAAUUAAAAUUAAUGAAGCUAAUGCUUAUGUUGAUCCUGAAAAGGCAGAAGCAGCAAGAUUAGAAGGUAAAGAAUAUUUUAGUAAAGGAGAUUGGCCAAAUGCCGUUAAAGCAUAUACUGAAAUGAUUAAACGAGCACCUGAAGAUGCUAGAGGUUAUUCUAAUAGAGCUGCUGCAUUAGCUAAAUUAUUAUCAUUCCCAGAUGCAGUAGAUGAUUGUAAUAAAGCCAUUGAAAAGGAUCCAACCUUUAUUAGAGCCUAUAUUAGAAAGGCUAAUGCUCAAUUAGCAUUAAAGGAAUAUUCUCAUGUUAUGGAAACUUUAACUGAAGCUAGAGAAAAGAAUUUAUCAUUAGGUGAAGGUAAAAAUGUUAAUGAAAUUGAUCAAUUAUAUAAUAAAGCUGCUUCACAAAGAUUUCAAGCCAUUGAAGGUGAAUCACCAGAAGAAACUAUGGAAAGAGUAUCAAGAGAUCCUGAAAUUGUUCAAAUCUUACAAGAUCCAGUUAUGCAAGGUAUAUUAGGACAAGCUAGAGAAAAUCCUGCUGCUUUACAAGAUCAUAUGAGAAAUCCUGAAGUUAGUAAGAAGAUUAAUAUGUUAAUUGCUGCUGGAGUUAUUCGUACUAGAUAAAUAACCAAAUCAGACAUUUACUAGUCACUAGU